AUGGAUUUCACCGAGACACCCGAAAUGGAUGUUGCUUUGAUUGUUGUAAUAGCAUUCUGCAUAUUACUUCUACCAACGAUAUUCUUCGUUAUUUGCCGGUUACAUAUGAGGAUGAGGAAGAAAGCUCAUAAGAAAGCAUCACGAGUUUCCGUUGUGUCAAUCGCUCCAGUUAGCAGUAGAAAGAAGUCGUCAAUUUCACUGCCACCAAUAAGACAUGUUCCACCACAGAAUCGCACCUCAAACGAUCUAUCGAUGGUCGAAGUGCCAGAUCCAGACGUCUCCGGAUUGGUUGUUCUCCAAAACAAUCGCCGCGUGUCAGCAUGCUACUUGACGGAAUUGAAACUAAUGGACAUUGGCCCUCUACCCAGAGAUCAAGCAGUACUUGAGGAGGAACGGGAAAGAGAAAAGGAGAAACGGGAGUCGCUAGCUCUUUGA